AUGCCUAGAGAAAUAGUAUCAGUGCAGCUCGGACAGUGCGGGAACCAAAUUGGGUCCUUGUUUUGGCAAAGAUUAUGCGCUGAGCAUGGGAUCAAUAAGGAUGGAAUUCUAGAAGAAUGGGCAACAGAAGGCGGCGAUAGAAAAGAUGUAUUUUUCUAUCAGGCGGACGACGAGCACUACAUUCCUCGUGCCAUCCUCGUCGAUCUGGAGCCUAGGGUCAUCAACACCAUUCUCAGCAGCCCAUAUCGCGACCUAUAUAAUCCUGAGAAUAUAUUCUUAUCAAAGGAGGGCGGUGGUGCAGGUAACAACUGGGCAAACGGAUACGCCUCUGGAGAACGAUGUUACGAAGAAGUGAUGGAAAUGAUAGAUCGCGAAGCAGAAGGGAGUGAUUCUCUCGAGGGCUUCAUGAUGAUGCACUCUAUCGCGGGCGGCACAGGCUCUGGAAUGGGUUCCUAUCUUCUUGAACGAUUGAACGACAAAUUCCCGAAAAAGCUGUUACAAACGUACUCUGUGUUUCCGAACCAAGUGGAUGGAGAUGUGGUGGUUCAACCCUACAACAGUGUAUUGACGUUGAAGCGACUCGUGAACAACGCGGACUCUGUGGUGGUUCUUGACAACGCUGCCCUCCAACGUUUGUCCUCUGAGGGUGGGGCCUUGUCUUCCGGACAGAGCUUCGACCAGACUAACCAACUUGUCUCCACUGUGAUCUCCGCCAGUACACAAACGCUGCGAUACCCCGGGUACAUGAAUAAUGAUCUUGUUGGAAUCAUUGCUUCGCUGAUCCCUACACCGCGUUGUCACUUUUUGAUCACGAGUUACACGCCAUUCAUGAGUGAUAUGAUUGACAAGGCGAGUUUUUUCUGUAAUUCACCCGACAUUAUCCCUCACCUAAUGCGCGACGUGCAGGCGAGAUCAGUGCGUAAAACAACAGUGCUCGACGUGAUGCGCCGUCUCCUACAACCCAAGAACCGAAUGGUAUCCGCCAUUCCAAGCAAGUCAUCUUGUUACAUAUCCAUCCUCAACAUAAUCCAGGGCGACGUUGACCCUAGCGAUGUCCACCAAUCCUUACUCCGUAUCCGCGAACGGCAGCUUGCGAGCUUCAUACCGUGGGGCCCAGCAUCGAUCCAGGUGGCACUGACGCGUAAAUCACCGUAUGUCACAGCGAGCCACAGGGUUAGUGGUUUAAUGCUGGCCAACCAUACAAGUAUGGCAUCGUUAUUCAAACGAAUUCUGGACCAAUUCGACCGACUCAAACGAAGGAAUGCGUUUAUGGACCAGUACAGGAAAGAAAGGAUGUUCGAGCACGGGCUGGAAGAAUUUGACGAUUCUCGCGCGACCGUGGAAGAAACCAUGAAUGAAUACAAGGCUUGUGAAAGCCCAGACUACAUCUCCUAUAGGUGCAGGGAACUGGCGACGGUGAAGGCACUGGCUGAGCCAGACCCUCGCCAUUGGACGCUCAACGUGUGGGCGCAACAGGAGUUCCAUACGGGUUGGGCUCGUGGUGUGCGCAUGUACCGUGUCUACUUGCGACUUUUAUUCCCUGAUACCAUUCUGAUCACGCAGUUUUAA